AUGGAUGCUGGGGCAAGGGGGCUGUUGGCGCUAGCUGCGGGCGUGGUGGGCGUGCGUGGUGGGCGUGCGUGGUGGGCGACUAGGACAACUCGAGCGACGUCCGCUAGGGUGCGCGUGCGCGACUGCUCAAGUGCGCCUGCCAUGGAUGGUGCGCCCCACUUCCCCAGCCUGGUCGUGGACGAGGACCUGGCUCCCGGGUCGUGCCUGCCAGCCCCUGACCCGGCCGCUGCCCCUGCCCCUGCAUCCUCACCCGCUGAAGCUUCAGCCACAAACGACACACAAAACCACACAAGACCACCCAAAAGACAAACGCCCUCGAAAACCCUGCCUCCCGCCGUGUCACCAAACUGUGCCGCGCUAGAUCUCGUCGACCACUAUCUCAGGAGAGCCUUCCGAGCCCCUUUUAAUCCUCAGCCGCAGAGAGUAGAUCAUCUUAUAAACCGCAACCAGAUCAGCACAUCCGUGCAGGUCUUCUCGUACUCUCUCAGCCGUGGCGGUCGGGCCCGUGAACAUUCUCUGGUGUAAUGUACUCCAGGGCCCUGUUCUUGGGCGCUAACGGCUUCCCCUGAGACAACGUGCUAAUUCCUCGUAAGUGCCUUAUGGCACUAAACCUUCGCGGCACACGACCCGCGAGGCCGGCGCAGGCAUCCCAACCCGAAAGCCAGCAGCACGACUCCUUUAAGCUUGGUUUCAUCGGCCACAGCUACCCGC